GUAAGGGCGAGCCAUGUUCAGCUCGAGCGCCAAGAUCGCCAAGCCCAAUGGCGAGAAGCCGGACGAGUUCGAGUCCGGCAUCUCUCAGGCGCUGCUCGAGCUGGAGAUGAACUCGGAUCUCAAGGCGCAGCUGCGGGAGCUCAACAUCACUGCGGCCAAGGAAAUUGAAGUUGGUGGUGGCCGGAAAGCCAUCAUAAUUUUUGUACCAGUUCCUCAGCUUUUCAAUUUUCCUUCCAAAAAAAUCCAAGUCCGGCUGGUUCGUGAAUUGGAGAAAAAGUUCAGCGGGAAACACGUAGUCUUCAUUGUUCAGAGGAGGAUUCUGCCCAAGCCAACUCGGAAAAGCCGUACGAAAAAUAAGCAGAAGCGCCCCAGAAGCCGCACGCUCACCGCAGUGCACGACGCCAUCCUUGAGGACUUGGUCUUCCCGAGUGAGAUUGUAGGCAAGAGGAUCCGUGUGAAACUGGACGGCAGCCGGCUCAUAAAGGUUCAUUUAGACAAAGCACAGCAGAACAACGUGGAGCACAAGGUGGAAACUUUUUCUGGUGUGUAUAAGAAGCUCACGGGCAAGGAUGUUAAUUUUGAAUUCCCAGAGUUUCAGUUGUAAAGAAAAUGACUGAAUAAAGUGUC